AUGGAUGAAGAAGUCGUUUUUACAACAAAUACCUCGGGGACAAUAUCCUCUGUGCACUCAUUCGAACAAGUAAAUUUGAGACAAUGUUCUACCCAAUCUAGAAAUAGUUGUGUCCAAGUGGGCAGCAAGUACUUAUUCGUUGCUCAAGCACAAAAGGCAUUGAUCAAUGUUUACAACAUGUCAGGUUCAUUCAAGAGAGAGUCUGUAGAACAGCGCCUACCAUUACCUGAAGUUUUAAAAUGUCUAGAAGUGGUUCAAAAUACCGGUGUACAGUACGACCGUAUCCAUGGUGUAAACCACAACUUGCCAGAGUUCAAUCUUCCGUACCUGUUGCUUGGUUCCACCGAAUCGGGUAAACUGUACAUAUGGGAGUUGAAUUCGGGGAUUUUAUUGAAUGUGAAGCCGAUGGCACACUAUCAAAGUAUCACCAAGAUUAAGUCGAUUUUAAACGGGAAGUAUAUUGUCACUUCAGGUAACGAUUCGAGAGUUAUUAUAUGGCAAACAGUCGAUUUGGUAUCGGCAUCGAAUGACGAGCCUAAGCCUAUCUGCAUUCUUCAUGAUCAUACUUUACCUGUUACAGACUUCCAAGUUUCUACCAGUCAGGGAAAAUUUUUAUCUUGUGCUGGUACAAAACUAUUCACGGUAUCUCAAGAUGCUACCAUGAGAUGCUACGAUUUGAGUCUAAUAGGUUCUAAAAAGAAGCAAAAAAAGCAAGAAGAAGACGGUAAUGAAGUUAGUAUCGGCAAAGCGCCUAGAUUGCUCGCUACAUUUACAUUACCUUUUGCCAUUAAAUCUAUAUCCCUCGAUCCUGCUGAUAGGGCAUGUUAUAUUGGGACUGCCGAUGGCUGUUUUGCACUAAAUUUGUUCUAUAAGUUAAAGGGGAACACCAUUGUUAAUCUGUUACAAUCUACAGGAAUGAACACUAUUCAAAAAGGUAGAGUCUUUUCAUUGGUACAACGCAGUUUAGUAACUGGUGGCGAAAAUCAAGAUUUGGAUUCAUUAUAUUCAAUAGGUCAGCUGGUUUGCGAUAAGCUUUUGGAUUCUAACGUGUCGUGUCUCGAAAUAUCAAUGGAUGGUACGUUACUUAUGAUCGGUGACACUGAGGGGAAAGUUUCCAUUGCGGAAAUAUACUCGAAACAGAUCAUUAGAACCAUUCAAACCUUGACCACGUCACAGGCUUCUGUCGGGGAAGUGACUAAUAUUCUAGUAAAUCCUUACAGAACUGAAAGUGGCGACCAACUGUUUGAAGGAGCAACUACAGGAAAACAUACCAGCGGUAGUAAUGGCAAUAACUCUCUAAAGAUACCAAAUCUACAAAGGGUUAUAUUUGAUAAUCAAAACAAAAGCCUCUCGCACGAUAUUUGGUAUCAGAUAGGAGAGCCAGAAACCGAGGCAGAUCCUAGUUUAGCGUUACCAUUGAACGACUUUAAUGGCUAUUUGGAACAUAUCAAGUCCCAAGAGUCCAUGUUCGCACAUAUGGGCAGGAUUUCAAGUGACGUGAAAGUGGUUGGUACAGAAACGGACGCUGUCUCAUCUUUUGACGAUCAAACCGCUAAAGAUGAAGAGAUUACUGAACUCAAAGCUAACGUGGAGGCACUAACUCACGCCUACAAAGAAUUACGUGGUAUGCACGAAAAGCUAUACGAGGAGCAUCAACACGUACUCGACAAGCUGUAG